UAUUUCAAACCAACCCACGAUUCACGAAGACAGAGAAAGAAGAGAGAGAAAAUGGGAUCCACCAUUGCAGAGUUUCUUCUCCAUCUUCAUCUUUCAAAACUCUUUGGAUAUUUUUCCAAAUUUUUCGCCGAUUUUCUCUGCAGACUCCGACUUCUCUCCGUCUUUUAAGCCCAUUCACUCUUUCUUUAGCCAUUAACUCUCACAAUCGAACUCUCAACUUCUCAAAAAAAAAAAAUUCAGAGCCCAAUUCUGCUCGCAUUCUCUGCAAUGGUGCCAACUUCUUCGGAAGAUCUGUGUUUUGUUUAUGGGAUUGAAUCUACGUAAGGGAAGAUUUAAAGGAUAGCAUGAACUCAUUCGGGAGGUGAAAGAAAAAGAUAUAUCACUAUGAGAGAUUGAAUUGCAAAAUAAUGCCAAGGUUUUGUGAAACGGGUGAGAAAUCCAGAGAAAAAACUACUCCAGAAUGUUGUUGGUUCAAAAUAAAGAAUCUAAGAAUGAAGGAAUUUCAAGGAGAUUGUGUCUGAUCUACCCUUGGUAGUUCACUCAAGUGUGUUAGAUUUGGCGGAAUAGAGAGGGUAAGAAAUGGGGUCAAUUAGUGGGGAUGAGCUUACACAUUGGGAUGCGCGAUCAAAUGCCCAUGAAGAGAAGAUAUUUGUUUCGGUAAGGCUGAGGCCAUUGAAUGACAAAGAAAUUGCGAGAUAUGAUGUUUCAGAUUGGGAAUGCAUCAACAACACAACAAUCAUAUUCAAGAAUAACACAACAGAUCGGUCAUUGUUUCCAACUGCUUAUACAUUUGGCAGAGUAUUUGGGUCUGAGUGCUCCACAAAACAGGUGUACGAAGAAGGAGCCAAAGAAGUUACUCUUUCAGUUGUCAGUGGAAUUAAUUCAACAAUUUUUGCAUAUGGGCAGACAAGCAGUGGAAAGACAUACACGAUGUCUGGAAUUACUGAAUAUACAAUAGCGGAUUUAUUCAACUACAUACACAAGUGUAAUGGUAGAGAAUUUGUAUUGAAAUUCUCUGCCAUGGAGAUUUACAAUGAAGUUGUCAGAGACCUCCUAAGUCCAGAAAGUACUCCACUUAGGCUCCUUGAUGAUCCAGAGAGAGGAACUGUCGUUGAGAAACUUAUUGAGGAGACUUUGAGGGACUGGAACCACCUAAAGGGGCUCCUCUCUGUCUGUGGAGCUCAAAGACAAAUAGGGGAGACCACUCUGAAUGAAAUGAGUUCCAGGUCUCAUCAAAUUAUCCGAUUGACAGUUGAAAGUUCUACUCGUGAAUUUUUAGGCGCUCGAAAGUCAAGUUCUCUUACAGCUUAUGUGAAUUUUGUUGAUCUUGCUGGAAGUGAGCGAUCUUCUCAGACAUUAUCAGCUGGUGCAAGACUGAAAGAGGGUUGCCACAUUAACCGCAGUUUACUAACCCUUGGAACUGUUAUUCGCAAAUUAAGCAAAGGACGAAAUGGACACAUACCUUACAGAGACUCCAAGCUGACACGAAUACUGCAGAACUCAUUAGGAGGCAAUGCAAGAACUGCCAUCAUUUGCACCAUGAGCCCUGCACGCAGUCAUGUUGAGCAAUCAAGAAACACGCUCUUGUUUGCUAGUUGUGCCGAGCAGGUAAGUACUAAUGCACAGGUCAAUGUAGUGAUGUCAGAUAAGGCAUUGGUAAAGCAGUUACAGAGAGAGUUGGCCAAACUGGAGGGUGAAUUGAGGAGCUUAGUAUCAAUGUCUGACAUGCCCAAGUCUGCAGCAUUACUGAAAGAGAAGGAACUUCUCAUUGAAAAGAUGGAUAAAGAGAUCAAAGAGCUUAAAAAACAACGUGAUCAUGCAGAAUCUCAUGUUCAGGAUUUGUUACAGUCAGCUGGUCAAUAUCAAGUUUCAAGGUCGUUGGCUGAAUGUGAAUUGGAACCUUAUAUGCAAAAUGCAUGGGUAGAUGAAUAUUCAGCAUCAGAAUUGUCAAAGGUGGUAGAUCCUCUUCGCUCAGUUAUCACAUCAAACUCAUCUCAUUUAUCUGACAGAUGCAAUAGUCUUAAUUCCAACAAACACGAUUUUUUGCUUCCUGAUCAUUCUGAAGACCAGUUUCUGUCUGAUGGCAUCUCACCACGAAUGGUUAUUGACCAUCUUUUCGGUCCUGACCCAUCACACGGUUGGGAAAUGACUGUUCAAAAACAUGAUGAAGAUUCUGAAGAUCACUGCAAGGAAGUUCAGUGUAUUGAAGUAGAAGAAUCAAGCAUAUACAAAAACAUAAAAUAUGACGUAACAUUAUUGCCAGAAAAGGGAAACAGGGAUUUGAGUCAUAUUCAUACAGACCCCAGCUAUGAAGUUUUGAAGCAAAAGAUUGAGGAUAUGCAGAAAACUAUUGACUAUUUUGCCAAUCCUUGCCUUAUUGAACAAUCUCCUACCUCCUCUGAAGCUGAUAUGUCUGAUUCUUCUAGAAGCAUGAAGUUAUCUAGAAGCAGAAGCUGUAGAGCAAUUCUCAUGCCAAUUGCAUCAUCUCCUUGGUUUGAGAAGGCAGAGCACAAAGUGAAUACACCACCAAAUGGUUCUGAGAAAGAUUUCCCUGGAAGACCAGAAGGUGGUUAUCAACUGAAGCUUUCUGGAAAUUAUGUUGCCAGCACAGGAAAGUUAAGUGGCAAAGACUCUCAAAUUUCUGUCUAUGAUUAUUCUAUGGACAAAAUGGACCAGAAAACCAAAAUUUCACAUGAAGAUGAUGUUUCUAGUGUCAACAAUUCCAUGGACAAAAUGGACCAGAACACCAAAAUUUCACAUGAAGAUGAUGUUUCUAGUGUCGACAAUUGUGCCAUAGAACUCAACGAAGUAGUUAAAUCGGAAUCUGAGCAGCAACCUGGUGAUGAUUUGUGCUAUUCUUCCAUGGACAAAAUGGAUAAGAACACCAAAAUUUCUCAUGAAGAUGACGGUUCUAGAGUCCGCAAUUGUGCCACAGAACUCAAUGAAGUAGCAAAAUCGGAAUCUGAGCAGCAAUCUGGUGAUGAUUUGGUACAUGAGGCCAAGUCAAGGGCCACUAAGCCAGGAAAAACUGUAGAAGAUGUUGGUAUGGACUUGGUGAAGGGUUCUCAGCAGUCCCCUUCCAAUUGGCCCUUGGAAUUUGAGACACGGCGGAGAGAGAUAAUUGAACUUUGGGAUGCAUGCAAUGUACCAUUGACCCACAGAACCCAUUUCUUCUUGCUCUUUAAAGGCGAUCCAUCAGACUCAGUUUACUUGGAGGUAGAGCUCAGACGAUUGUCCUAUCUUAAAUCUACACUAUCUCAUGGAACAAAAGUUGGGAUAGAUGGUCAGAUUGUCACCCCUGAGCAAAGUAAGAAGGCCCUCAAUCACGAGAGACAGAAGCUCAGCAAACAAAUUCUUAAGAGGUUCCCGGCCAAGGAGAGAGAGGCCCUUUACCAGAAAUGGGGCAUUGGGUUGAACACAAAGCAGAGGAGGCUACAAUUGUCCCAUCAAUUAUGGGCUGACACAAAAGACAUGAACCAAAUUAAGGACAGCGCUGCACUUAUUGCGAAAUUGGUUGGAUUUGCAGAGUCGGUUCAAAUUCCAAAGGAAAUGUUUGGAUUGAGUUUCUCACCUCAACCCAAGAAUCGUAAGUCCAGCUGGAAAUCUUCUUCAAUGUAAACUUGUCAGAGGCAUGAAACCUUGCUGAAGCAUUGGCAUCAGCAACCAGAAGGACAAUCUAUGUGGAUAUAUAAAUCUGACUUCAAUAGCCAAUAUUCUGAUGUACUAGUACUAUGUAAUUCUGUAAAUGAAGAAUUUGUAAGGUGGCUCUACUGUAGUUAAAUUUGAUUUUCUUGUUUUUUUGCCUCAUUGUGUAAGAUUAAUUGUUGAUUCAUGCGUUGUAAUAAUUUAUCACAGUAAGCAGAUUAUGUCAGAUAAUUGAAAAUUUUAGUAGCUCUUAA